AUGAAUUCUGCGUUGGUGGACGUUCUCUCGUCGUCCUACUCCAAAUCGCCGCAGUCCACAGAAAAGCAACAUGAAGUUUUUUUUGGUAAUACGAACGUCUCUAACUUCGACCCAACAACUACACUAACUACUGCAUCGACCACCGUUUGUACCACCACCACAACUCCACCAACAACAGUAACCAUAGCUCCAACAAGUUCUCUACUGAGUUUGAAAUCAGAACGACGACACUGCCUCUAUCUCUCUGAUGAUCCAAUUAGAUUUGAACCUGUCAGUGAAGUUACCUCCGUUUUCUUCGAUGAAUCCAACCAGCAAGUCGGUUUUUAG